AUUGAAUAUUAUUGAUUGUUAGGCAGCAGGUAGCUGGGUCGUUGGCUCCUCUGCCUCUGCCUCUGCCUCUGUCUCCACUCCCAUCUGGGGAGUACUUAAUUUUGUAGGUUUCUUUCACUCCCACUCCCACCCUAUCCAUCUAUCUAAUCUAGGGUUCUGAGUUUGGUGGAAAACGCUUUUCAAUCCAUCCCUAAUUGUAAUAAUCAAGUACCGCUAUUUAAUUGGAUUUUCUCCGUGCACUGCACAAUCCUCAUCUGAUCUCCUCCUCCAUUGCUGCUGCUGCUGCUGACCCCCCCACUUCCCAACUCUCAAUUCCCCCGGCCGGCCGCCCGGCCAUGGCGCUCGCCAGACUACUCGCCGCUUUAUUUCUCCUACUCGCUGUGUACUGCGCCGUCGACCCCUUCAACCACGCCGCCAUGAACGGCUUCCCAGACUUCGAGACUAUUAAGGUCGACCUGCCGCCGUGGUCCGCCGUCCCCCUCGACAGGGACGCCGCCAAUCUCCUCCAGAAAUCCGAGCUCAAGUUCCUCAAUCAGGUGCAGGGCCCCGAGAGCUUGGCGUUCGAUCCCGCCGGCCGCGGCCCCUACACCGGCGUCGCAGACGGGAGGAUUCUCUUCUGGGAUGGCAACAAUUGGACGGAUUUUGCCUACACUUCCCCCAAUCGGUCAAGUUUAUGUGAUCCAAAACCAUCACCUAUGAGCUACUUGCCGAAUGAGCACAUCUGCGGCAGGCCAUUGGGGCUAAGAUUUGACAAAAGAACCGGAGAUCUUUACAUUUCAGAUGCAUAUUUUGGAUUGAUGAAAGUUGGCCCUGAAGGUGGCUUAGCUACGUCGCUGGCUACUGAGGCUGAAGGAGUCCCUUUUGCAUUUACAAAUGACUUAGACAUAGACAGCGAGGGGAAUGUCUAUUUCACUGAUAGCAGCGCAAAGUACCAAAGAAGGAAUUUUCUCCAAUUAGUUUUCACAGGAGACGAUAGCGGAAGGCUACUGAAAUACGAUCCUAAGACAAAAGAAGCCACUGUUCUUGCUCGGAAUCUUCAAUUCCCCAACGGUCUUUCCAUGAGCAAAGAUGGUUCGUUCUUUGUGUUUUGCGAGGGUGCUCUUGGCAAGUUAAGUAGGUAUUGGUUGAAGGGCAAAAAGGCGGGGACGCGCGACACACUGGCGACAUUGCCUGGAUUUCCCGACAAUGUCCGGACAAAUGAAAAGGGUGAGUUUUGGGUGGCCAUCCAUUGUCGAAGAAACACAUACUCUUACUUUAUGGGUUUGUACCCACAAAUCCGGAAGCUAUGGCUGAAGCUCCCGAUCUCUGCGAAGAUCCAUUACCUGAUGCAGAUCGGCGGGCACAUGCAAGGCGUGGUCGUUAAGUACAGCCCGGAAGGCAAACUGUUGCAGAUAUUGGAAGAUCCGGCGGGGAAAGUGGUGAAGGCGGUGAGUGAGGUGGAGGAGAAAGACGGGAGGCUGUGGAUGGGGAGCGUCUUGAUGUCGCAUGUCGCGGUUUACCAGUUGGAAUAAGUGCUAAGCCAAAUCUUUACUUAUUUGUGCUCGCGUUGGUGUUCGUUUAAGAAUAACAAGAAGUUGGUGUUUAAUGUUAAAUUUGUACGGAACUUUUGUUUUGUUUAACACUGUGCUCGUUGUCUUUGCCCAUGGACAUGUUUUAGUAACUCAGAAAUAUAGAGAGGAUGUAUGCAAUAUCACCUUAACUCAAGUAGGAGGUGUUUGGUUUAAAUGGUAGACUUUAUGGGCUUUGAUCUUUUAGAUUUUUAUCUUAAAAUGUAUACUAUAUAUUAAUCGUGUUUUCGACU